CAUACCACUCAUCAGGUUCAGAAAACCUCAUUUCUUCCUUUGGAUUAAGGUUCUGAUCGAAUUCUAAUAUUAGGAAAAUCAUAAGUCCAACAAUGGUUUCAGCUAGUGUUGAAAACGUUGUACACUAUCAACAAGAGAUCGUUCGCCCGUUGGCCAACUUCUCACCUAGUUUAUGGGGUGAUCUUUUCACUUCAGUUCCCAUUGACACUCAGGUUGUAGAAUCUUAUGCCCAAGAAAUUGAAUCAUUGAAGAAGGAGGUCAGGAAGAUGAUUGUAGCAAACAACAAAAAUAUGGCUGGAAAGCUGAACUUGAUAGACAGCAUUGAGCGCCUCGGCAUUUCAUAUCAUUUUGAAAGAGAAAUCGAAGAACAGAUUCUGAACUUUUACAACGCCUGUUUCAGCUUUGUUAGCGAUGAUUUACACACUGUUGCUCUUUACUUUAGGUUACUACGUCAACAUGGUCAUCCCAUCUCUUCAGGAAUUUUUCAUAAGUUUACGGAAAGUGAUGGUAAGUUCAAGAAUUCACUGAGGGGUGACGCUAAGGGUCUUUUAAGUCUAUAUGAAGCAGCUAAUUUAAGAACACGCGGAGAAGGUAUUUUAGACGAGGCUAUCACUUUUGCAACUGCUCAUCUUGAGUCCAUUGCUCCACAUUUGAGCUCUCCCUUGAAGGAACAAGUAGCACAUGCGUUGGAGCAGUGCCUGCAACGAGGCAUCCCAAGGGUGGAGGCACGUCGGUACAUAUCUGUCUAUGAGGAAUAUGAAUCAAAGAAUGAUUCCUUGUUGAGGCUUGCAAAAAUGGACUUCAAUUUGCUGCAGAUGCUGCAUAGGGAAGAACUUAGUGAAUUGUCAAGGUGGUGGAAGGAAUUGGAUCUUGUUUCCAAACUUUCAUACGCAAGAGAUAGAGUGGUGGAAUGCUAUUUUUGGACAUUGGGAGUGUAUUUUGAACCUCAAUAUUCUCGUGCUCGUAUCAUGCUGGCUAAAACUAUAGCUAUGAUCUCAGUAAUUGAUGAUACUUAUGAUUCAUAUGGUACCGUUGACGAGCUUGAAAUUUUUACAGAUGCAGUUGAAAGAUGGGAUAUUAAGGAAAUCGAUAGACUGCCAGACUACAUGAAGAUGUGCUAUAGAGUUCUUUUAGAUCUUUACGAUCAGUACGAGCAAGAAUUAAGACAACAAGGAAGAUCAUUUGCUGUUCAUUAUGCAAAAGCAACAAUGAAAGAGAUAGUGAGGAGUUACAACAUUGAGGCAAAGUGGUUCAUUGAAGGAUACAUGCCUCCCUUUGCUGAUUAUAUGACCAAUGGCUUCAUUACCAGCACAUAUUACCUGCUGGCAGCCACGUCUUUCAUCGGCAUGAACGCUGUUACAAAGGAAGCUUUCGAUUGGCUUGUAGGAAAACCCAAAAUUCAAGUAGCUAAUGUCACUAUUUGCCGGAUUGUCGAUGAUGUAGCAACUUACGAGAUUGAGAAGAAAAGAGGACAAAGUGCGACGGGGAUCGAGUGCUACAUGAAAGACUACGGAGUAUCCGAGGAAGAGGCAAUGGAGGAAUUUAAGAACAUUGCUGAGAAUGCAUGGAAGGAUAUGAACGAGGAAUGUGUGAAGGAAAAAUCAGUUUCAAUGGAGGUUCUGAAAAGAGUUGUGAAUCUGUCCCGACUGAUCGAUGUUGUUUACAAGCACAAUCAAGAUGGCUAUACUCAUCCCGAGAAAGUGUUGAAGCCCCUUAUUACUGGAUUGCUUGUCGAUUCCUUCAAUGUUUGCAGCUGCCCAGUUUCUUGCUAAUCACAUACGUUAAUUAUUUUGUCCAAUUCAUUCAAAUUUGUUUUCUUCAUUCAUUUAUGUGUUAGGUAGAUGAUUAAUAUUUAUUAAUGCAUCACCGAAAUCGAAUGUCCAUGUAAAGGUUUGUCACAUCUUUUUUUUUUCUAGAUUGAAAAAAUAAAUAGAAUAUUUAUUUUUAAAUUAUGUCGAACACUUUUAUGUACUUUAUAUUAGUUUUAUUGUUGAUAUGACCAACAUAAAG